AUGGAAACUAAAAUUAUUAAAAAGAAAAUAAAAAGAGAAAAACCCAACAAAAAAUGGACUUUGGAAGAAGUUAACACCAUACUGAACUAUUUGAUGGAUUCCCAAGAAAUUGAGAAACCUACAGCACAAAUUUUUUAUAAAAAACUCAUCGAAAAGACUGGUAUCAACGCUACAUGGGAGCUAAUUCGAUGGAAGGUUCGACAUUUGAAGUCGACUUACAAGGACGCUUCGGAUUGGCGCAGCUCAACCGGUGCUGGACUCCUGGAAAUCGACGCUGGGGCUAAUAGUGUUGAAGGGAAAGUAUUACAAAUUUGCCCACACUAUCAUAAGCUUCAUCAAAUUUUUGGCGCAAAAUGUACGCAGAAUGCGUAUGAAGUUAUCGAUUCAGGUGAAAUAAACGAAGCUGAUGUGGAAGUAUCUGAAAGCAUAGAUUCAGAUUGUAUUAUAUACGAGUGUAUUCAAGAAACAGGUGAGGAAGCUGAAAUAUGUGUUGCAGCUGAGCCAGUCGCGGGAACUUCAUGUGGCCAAAGCUCGCAAGCGGUGAUUCCAAAGAAGGCAAGAGACUUCGCCGAAAAAUUAAAAAAAAAUUCCCCAAAGACCCCUGCUGCUCAUUUGGCUGCUUUUCAAGCAGAGCGAACUGCAAUGUUCAAAAUGAAGAUAGAGUGGGAAAAAGAAAGGCAAGACAAGGAAAUAGAAAUUCACGAGAGAGAAACAAAACUAAAAGAAGAUCAGUUGAAAGCAGAAAUAGAAUUUAAAAACCGCGAGAUGGAUUUGAAGGCUCACCAAAUCGAAGAGGAGUUAAAAAUGAAAAAACUUGAAUUAGAAAAGGAUGAGCGCAUAAAAAUGUUUGAAAUUGAAAUGAAGUAUAAACAUGCGAGUACACAAUAA